AUUCAAAAACUCGGAAGUUCAUUGAAAAUUAAUAAUCGCGGAAAAUGGAACGGGUAAUUCUGGAAACAUAAACUCAGAAAUGGCUUAUGUCAUAGAUGCGUUUUCUUUCCUCAACAGGAAAUUCAAAAUAUUCAUUUUCCUAAUUCUCGGAACCAUUUUAGUCGUAAGCUGGGCCACAGUGAAUCGUAAUAGAAGUAUUGUAGCAAAUGAGGCAAGGAUAUCCCAAAGAAUGCUUGAUGAUUUCAAGGAAAAUUUACAAAAAUAUAAUAUAGAAACAUUUAAUGAGAAACUAAAGCCAAUUGAAUUAAGAAUUACAAAUUUGGAAAGCAAGGAAAGAAAAUAUCCUCCAGUGAAAUAUUUAUCUGAAAAAGAUCGUAAGAGAAUAUUAGUGACAGGUGGAGCAGGAUUUGUUGGAUCUCAUCUGGUUGAUGCAUUGCUCAUGGCAGGCCAUGAGGUCACUGUUGUAGAUAAUUUUUUCACAGGAAGAAAACGAAACAUUGAGCAUUGGAUUGGACAUGAAAAUUUUGAACUUUUAAAUCAUGAUGUAGUGGAACCAGUUCUAUUAGAAGUUGACCAGAUUUAUCAUCUGGCAUCACCAGCAUCACCUCCAAACUAUAUGUACAAUCCCAUUAAGACAAUAAAAACAAAUACCUUGGGGACUCUCAAUAUGCUUGGUCUGGCUAAGAGAGUACAUGCGAGACUUUUAUUGGCCUCAACAUCAGAGGUUUAUGGAGAUCCAGAGGAACAUCCCCAGCGAGAGGAGUACUGGGGACAUGUCAACCCCAUUGGACCUCGAGCGUGUUACGACGAAGGCAAACGUGUUGCUGAGACAAUGUGUUACGCAUACGCUAAACAGGAUCAUGUUGAAGUACGUGUGGCCAGAAUAUUUAACACAUUUGGACCCAGAAUGCACAUGAAUGACGGUCGCGUCGUUAGUAACUUCAUCAUGCAAGCUUUAGAAGGGAAGCCACUAACGGUUUAUGGAAGUGGAAAGCAGACAAGGUCGUUUCAGUAUAUCAGUGAUUUGGUUAAUGGAUUGAUUCUUCUGAUGAACAGUGAUUUCUCCCAACCAGUUAACAUAGGAAAUCCAGUGGAAUACACGAUAAUGGAGUUUGCGGAAAUGAUUACUGCAACCGUUGGUGGCAAAACAAUGAUCUCGAAUGUUGCAAAGAUGGAAGACGAUCCACAGAGACGUAAGCCAGAUAUCUCUCGCGCCAGAAAACACCUUGGUUGGGAGCCAAAGGUGCCUUUGCUGGUUGGCCUCAAUCGAACAAUUGAAUAUUUCAAAAAAGAGCUGGAAAAAUCCAAGAAAUCCAAGUUAAUUGACCUGUAGCGACUCGAGAAGAUUUUGGCGUUGUAUUCACAAAAAGAGCUUCUUGCUGUUGUAUUUAGCCGAGAAAUAGCCAACUAUGGCGUGAUGACGAAGUUAACCACACUGACAGAGACUUCCGUUAGGUCACCUGACUCACUUCUUGUAAGGACAGCUGAACUUGAAGAAUUUCUUGGUCCGACAACAUCGCAUAGUAAAGAUAAUGAAAUAGAAUUUUUUGUAAACCUUGGGCCCCGUGAUUUUACAAAUCGAAGCACCACUUAGAGAUAUGGAAGACGCAUGCGCUGUUUGGUUCCGGAAAGAUAAGUGAAGAAGGUUGUUGAUGGUGUCAUUUUGUAUCUGUUUUGUACCUCAUACGUGAAUUAUUUAUCGUUUUAUUUAUUAGUUUUUUAAAUUCAACGAGUGAUCAUGAGUUGGCUUUGGUGUAGCUCGGAAGAUUACUUUUAAGUAAAUAUAUCUUAUUAGACGUUUUGUUGUGUAGUAUCGCUGAGUAUUUUUACGAGUCAAAAUACAAUUAACGAGUUAAAAUACUCAGCGAUACUACACAACGAAACGUCUUAUGAGUUGUUAUUAUCCAACGCGCCAAACUGUUAUUUCAGUGCGGGCGAAUUUCGCGGAUAUUUUUUUACGGGGAGUGCGUGACAGAAGUAUGCGAAG